CCCACAGUCAGUCAAAACUUUUAGCGAGCCAAGAACAGAGUGAGCCGCAGAUUCGAUAAGAACACCUACAAAAUGCUGGCCUGCAAGCUUCUUCUUUGUCUGGUGAUGGGAAUGCACUGCAUUCAAGUGCUAAUGGCGGCCUGUGUGUGCUCCGAGAAGGGAACGGACUACUGUGCGGGUUGCCAGGGAGCCACGGUGAUCCGUCCGAAGCCCAGAUACUACGAGCCCAGUGAGGUGAACCUCUCGCCGAUCGGCGACACCUGCUGGUGCAGCAAGCAGCUGAUCGAACCGGCACAACUGCCGAAGACCUGCGGAAAAACAACGACCUGCAAGCCCACCUGCUCGUGCUCCUCCGACAGCAGCUAUGCCUCCUCUUCUGACUCCGGAUCCGUCUACGGGAAAAUUGCCUACGCAGCGGAAGCAACGCCGGACAACAGCCCGGCUGCGGAUCCCAUCAGCGUGAGUCUGGCUGCCCAAGCGGGAAAGGCCAUCAGUGUGCCGGAGGCGAAGUUGGCCUACGGAUUCGCCCAGAAGCCCAUCGACGGCGAGAAGAAGGUGGUGUUCUCCAACGUGCCCGAGGAGAACCUCUUCAAGCUGAAGAGCGAGGUGAUCACGCUGAAGAAGCGCACCUACGCCGCCAAGGAGGAGGAAGAGGAGGACUACGUCGAGGAGGAGCAGGCCGCCGACGAGGAGGAGGCACCGCAGCUCACCUACAAACAGCUGGGCUACAUAACCGAGCAGUUCAAGAACCCCAAGUUCAAGAAGAUCAGCUCCAGACCGAGUUACGCCUACAAGGACUCCUCCAGCGAAGGAUACGGAUACGGCAAGGUUGCCGGCAAGGUAUCCGUCGAUUGCGGAUUCAAGCCCGGCCGGAUAGCCUCAUACCGAAAGGCCAAGGCCGAGGAGAGCUACUAAUAACUCCAAAUGCACAAACCCAUUCCAUCUAAUUCCAAUCCUUCCGCUUGUAAAUAUGUAGUUAUAUUUAGUUAGCUUUAGAAAUAUAUUUAAACACAA